UUAUUGAUGUUCAUGCUGUGGUUAAAAUUUAGUCACUAUUUACUCAGUACUUGUGUACUUAUUUCACUGUGUACUCUUUACUCUUACUCAAGUAAUUUUUUGGAGGACUACUUUUUACUUGAGUCACAUUAUUGUCAAGUAACAGUACUCUGACUUGAGUACAAUAUUUGGCUACUCUACCCACCUCUGGAGCGGACAUCCUCUAUUGCUACUCUUCGGUUUAAGCAACAUUUUUGCUCAUCAGAUCAGCCCGUAUCGUAGUUGUUGCACCGGUCUUUUGCAUUUUCACAUUGAAGUGCUGCCCUGGUUGCGGUCCAAGCGGAACCGCGAAGCACACGUGACAUCGGCGACAAGAGUUGAUCCGCUAGUACAUCUUGUAUUAAUUAGGAAACGCGCCUAAAAUUAUUUAAUUACUUUACGCAUGUUAAUGUUAAAUGUGACGGAGUUGGUGUUAAGGAAUAUGUCACAACAUAGAAUGAACUAACUUCAAAUUCAGAAAUGGCCAAUAAAAACAGAAAAAUAUUGUACUUAAUAUUUUCCUGGAGGAUGCAUUUGGGAUUAUCCUUUGAAGUUGGUAAUAGUGAAAAAUUAAGUGAAACAGACAAUGAUUUUAGUCAAUUAUUUUCCAGAAUGAGAGUGCUCAAAGAGGAGGAUGCUAUUCAUGUGGCACAACUUGAAGCUGACAUCAGGUCCAGGUGGAGAUGGGCCUAGCUAAAGCUGGAGGCCAGAACAAAAAGAUCAUCCUGAUUUAUGUCUUCAGAGGCUUUACACUUCAAUGUCAUCAAACUGAGUAUCAACUAAACCAGGAGCAAUGUUGUCCGAAGUGUCCAACUGGAAGUCAUGUUAGGAACGAAUGUACCAUAGACGGCGGCAGCACAUCAUGCCGACUGUGCAUGAACAGAACCUACAUGAAUAUCCCGACUGGACUUAAACAUUGCUUUCCAUGCACAAACUGCAAUGCAGGAUCUGGUCUGGGGAUAAAGAGGGGUUGUACCACGGUCUCAGACGCAGUGUGUAAACCACUUGAUGGAUUCUUCUGUGUGGACCCUGUUGCGGAUGGCUGUCUUGAAGCACGGAAACACACAGAGUGUCGACCAGGACAAUACAUCAGUCUAAAAGGGCCCCAACGCAGCAGCCAGCAACCACCCAAAAACGGUUGUAGCCCGCCAAAGCGAGCCCAUAAGCGCCCGACGGGCGAAGGCGCCAAGAGAGGGGAGAGGAAGGUCGCAAGAACACCGUUUAAUGACACUGUAUGUUCAGAGUGCGUUGGUGAAACCUUUUCAAAUGGAAAAUAUACAGCUUGUCAGCCACACACAAAAUGUGAAUCCAAAAGUCUUCUGAUAAAACCAGGAACUGCGUCAACUGAUGCUGAAUGUGGAGAAAAACAUUUUCAUAUGUGCUUUGUCAGCGUCAUUUUAAUUUGUGUUUUAGUUCCCAUUUUGUUUUUGUUUUUUACAAGAAAGGGGGAAAAAAACAAAGCUUUGCAAAGAGCGAGACAGUCGAGAGGAACCUGCAGUUGCUUCACGCCUCUCACUGUCUCUGAAGAACAAACGCACAGUUAAACUAAAAUGGGAGGGAGAUGAGAAAAGAAGAAAAGAAAGAGAAAAGAACACAGACCUAUUCACACAGUUAUCUUGUCCUUGAGAGAAAAGGGAGGCCGGUAGAGUCACUGGGAAGGGAGGAAAGAAACAAUUAAGCUCAUUGAUAAUUAGUCACACAAAAACGAACUAUUGAAGUAAACUAUGGGAUAAUAAAAAGAAUAUGCCAUGCGCUGCCCUGCAGUACUGCUGUUGGAGCCUGGGUGGCGCUUUGUGCCCUAUCGCUCUCUCUCCCCCCUCUCUUUCCAGCACCUUCCUAAGCCGCGCACCUGUCACCAAUCAGCGUUCGUCACCACCUGCAUAUAAGCCUGCCUGAUUGCCAAAGUAUUGCAGGUUCUCCAAGCGGUACCACGGGUCACCUGCCUCACAUAAGCUACACGAUCCCUCGUCUCCUUUUAUGACCCGUAUCUCUACUUAUCCUCAGUGUUUUCCCCGUGCUCCUGGUCUAUGUAAUUCUUGCCACCCCACCGCCAAGCCAGCCCUCUGUCCUCGCCACUGCCUGCCGCGCAUCCCUUCCUCCACUGUCCGCCAACGCACCUCAAGGACAACUUCCAUUACUUUCUCUAAUAAACUGUUCAUCAUAACCUAUCCGCCUCCGUCUGCUCUUGGGUCCAGCUCCUCUCCAUUUGUGACAAUACUUUGGCCAUCAUGGACCCAGCAACCCCGGAGGCGCUUAAGAAUGCACUAACCCUCCAAGGCGCCCACAUAGGACGUCAGGACAAGCCGUUACAAGAAAUCAAAGAAACUCUACACUCCGUUUUGCAACAGGUCUCCCUCCUUUCUUCAAAGAUGCAAUCCUCUCAACUCCCAGUAAGUACCCAUUCUGAGCCCGCACCCUCCAAGCUACACCGCUUCCCUUACAAAGAACCUCAUGUGCCACCACCCGAACCCUUCUCCGGGGACUUCUUUGGCACUUGUAGCCAAUUUCUUCUCAACUGCACCCUAGUUUUCAACCUUCAACCUUACAGUUAUCCCACUGAACAAUCCAAGGUAGCACAUGUCACUGACCUCCUCCACGGCAAAGCACCUAAAUGGCACAACUCUUCCCCGGUACUCCAGUCAUUUGAUUCCUUUUCCUCUGAACUCUUAAAGUAUUUGAUCACCCCGUUCAGGGGAGAGAAGCCACCAGUCGCCUCCUCACGCUCACUCAAGGUGCUCACUCAGUCUGUAGCAGAGUACUCUAUUGAGUUCCGUAUACUUGCAGGUGGGAUGACGCUGCGCUUAGGGGGAUUUUUUUCGAAUGGCCUUUCAGAACAACUCAAGGAUGAGCUCACGGUCCGGGACGAGCCCUCAUCGCUCUCUCUCUCUCUCUCUCUCUCUCUCAAAGAGCUCAUCGCCCUUUCCAUCCGUCUGGAUAACAGACUGCGAGAGAGGGCGGUCCGCUCGCGUGAAGUCCCUUCCACUCCGAGCACCACGCAGUCAGCUUCUCACCCGCUUCCUGCACCAUCUACUGCCUUUUCAUCACUCCCUGUUGCACCCGAUGAGCCCAUGCAAAUUGGAAAAACACGUUUAGAUCCCCAGGAGCGUCAGUAUUGUGUCAUCCAGCAGCUGUGCAUCUAUUGCGGUCCAUCAGGUUAUUUCAUUUCCUCUUGCCCCCUAGGACCAAAAGACCAGGCUCACCGCGAUCCGAGAACGUCGUGGUGAGCCAAACCUCCAUUUUCUCUAGCUCUUCCUUCCGCAUGACCUAGUUUCUGCUCAUAACACCCCCAUUACAGCCCUGAUAGAUUCCGGUGCCGAUGACAAUUUCAUUCAUGAAGCUCCAAAUCCCUCUCCAACCACUUCCGUCCCCGAAAAAAGUGUAAGUCAAAGGUCAGUGAGAAUAAGAGGCGCGUGCGAGCGUGGGGAUGAGUGAGUAGAGAUGGAAAGAUGGAGAAGGUAGGAGCGAUGCAGUCUUGGCAUUCCCUUGGGAGACAGGGUCAGACAUGUUGGUGUAUGCUGUACAUUUGCAGACAGCAAUAAUAGAAAGGAGGAGCAUGGCGUCGAGGAGAGCAACAACCUCGUCAUGGUGAAGAAUAGGUUUACCGUCAGAUUUCAAAAAGAUGUGAUGGCGCCAGAGGGCGCCUGUUAGAUAUAUUGUAGAAGUUAUCAUUUAUUUGCUUAGCUUGCAUUAGUAUUAUGGACAAUGUUUAGAAAGAAAGAUGUCUCGCCUUCAAGAAGAUGACUCAGCAGGAAUCAUCUGAGAGAAGGACGUGGCCGGGACGUGGCAGGUGCCAUGUUUUCACCUUGAAACCCUACCCUUAGUGUGUUGUGUCUUGUAGCUUAGUACGUUAUGUCUUGUAAACUUAGAAACCUCCCUAUUUUCAAAUAAAUGCAGGAGCGACGGGAGAGAUUGUUUAGAGCGUGUUGAGAGGCUGUAAUCUGAACAAUCUCCCAUGCGCCCUCCUCAUGAGUAAAAUGA